GGGCGGGGACAAAGCCUCUGGAGCGUGUUGCGGCCUCUUCCGAAAGCACAGAGGCAGAGCGGCAUGGACGUGAGCGGAGGGCUGGAGGACGUGCCCGUGUUUGCGGGGCCGCAGUUCGAGGGCGCCCCGGCUUUUCAGUAUAGCCCAGAUCACGUGGCUGGAAAAGGAGGCAGACCAGACCCCUCUGAGAUUUCCUUUCCUGGCUGUAGCUGUCAUUCUGCUUCCUGCGUGGCUUCCAGUUGUUCAUGCCUUCGCUAUGGGGAAAACUAUAACAGCUUGUGUAUAAAAAGUGAAAAAAAUGGACUGAAUUUCUGCAAACCUAUUUUUGAAUGCAACACUAUGUGCCAGUGUGGAGAGCUGUGUCAAAACAGGGUAAUUCAGAGAGGCUUACAAUUCAGACUUGAAGUCUUUAAGACAGCUAAAAAAGGAUGGGGUCUUCGCACACUGGAAUUUAUCCCCAAAGGAAGGUUUGUGUGUGAAUACGCUGGGGAAAUUCUGGGCUUUAAAGAAGCAUGUCGAAGGAUACAGCUGCAGACCCCAAGCGAUGCAAAUUAUAUUAUAGCAGUAAAGGAACACUUGUCCAAUGGGCACAUCAUGGAGACGUUUGUGGAUCCCACUCACAUUGGUAAUGUUGGAAGAUUCCUUAACCACUCUUGUGAGCCAAACCUCUUUAUGGUCCCUGUCCGAAUAGACUCCAUGGUGCCUAAACUGGCACUUUUUGCUGACCGUGAUAUUUGUGCAGAGGAAGAACUUACAUAUGAUUAUUCUGGAAGAUACCGUAAUUACUUGCCUGUCAAAGAUCAGGACAAUCUUCCAGAAGGGGAAGCAUCUAAAAAGCUCUGCUACUGUGGGACCAAAUUGUGUACAGGUUUCUUGCCUUUUGAUAAUUCUUUAUUCUGCAGCAGUGAUGUAAGAAGCCAUAAUGAGGAAACUUUGUAGAAACACAAGCUGUAGUACUUGAUCGGUUUAAGUGUUUGCAACUUUGAUCUGUCUCUGUUGAGUGGGAAGGGAGGGAGAUAAAUGAGUGGCAGUGACAAAAAGGUUGGGCUUCUGGACUUUUGAAUCUGGACAGGUUUUCCACUGGUUUCAGUGUACAUUCAAUGUGGAGUCUUUGAUAGAUGAGAUAUUUGACCUGUGACUCAGAAAAAACUGCUCAGCUCCAUUUUAAAAAUGGUUCUGGCAUUCAGUACAUUGAGAGAAGAUACUACAGAUAGAUCCUUUUUAUCCAUUUCUAAAUUGCUGUGCUUAUUUAAAUGGUUGGAUGUGCCCUUUCAUUGACUCAUUCAUGUGACUCCUCUACCAAAUCUACAGUUGUGAUAUCUGACUGCUCAAGGCAAAUGCAAGACCCGAUACCCGUGUUCCAGAAGCACUUUACUUCUCUUGCCUCUGUCGGUGAGAAUUAUACAAGAGUGGUUUGUCUAAUUGAUAGUCCUAAGGCAGUGGUUCUCAACCUGUGGGUCCCCAGAUAUUUUGGCUUUCAACUUCCAGAAAUCCUAACAGCUGGUAAACUGGCUGGGAUUUCUGAGAGUUGUAGGUCAAAACACCUGGGGACCCACAGGUUGAGAACCACUGACCUAAAGGAAUCAGGCAGAAUUCCUCUGUGUCUUGUCUUGGCCCUUUCCCGCCUUCAGUUGUAUGGCAUGUGGGGUUUGUUGAGGAUCUCUUCCAUCAAGCUUAUCUCUCUCCCUCAUGUCCUCUUUAUCAUGCUAUUUCCUUGAAUUAUAUGCAGUUAGGAUGCCAUUUUUCCCAGUAUGGAAAAGUUGGGCAUCAGUGCCCUAAAACUGGUGCUAAAUGGCUGGAAUGGGGUUGGACUGGAUGGCCCUUGUGAUUUUUUCCAACUAUGAUUCUAAGUACAUUGGAGUAUGUUAUUGUUUUUCCAGUUAUAUCUCACCCAAUCAUCUUCAAUACCCUCUAAGCCAGCCAUCAUCAAACUGUGGCUCUCCAGCUGUUUUGGCCUCCAACUCCCAGAAGCCCUAGCCAUCUUGUUCAAUUGUCAGGAAUUUUGGGAGUUGUAUGCUCAAACAGCUGGAUGGCCGCAGUUUGAGGAUGCCUGCUCUGAGCAGUGAAGUGAAGUAGUAUUGUUGCUAUGUGUAAAGAUCUGAAACAUAAAGGAGCUAUUUUUAGAAAGUGAAAUAUUCACUCCCUCUUCUCCUUUUAUCUAUGUAUGUGAAACCUCAUUUCUGUCACUGUUACGAUCUGCCAUCAAUAAAAACAAGAAAGGAA